UCCUUUCCCUAGAAAGGCUCUGAGGAAGAGGCAUCGAGCACACCGGGCCGAGCAGGAGUGGAGCCUGGCAAUGGCUGAAGACCUCGGCACCGUACAGCGGGCGUUGGAGGACGUCCAUGCCCGCAUGGCUUCUGACGCCGCUUAACUCGAACAGCUCCGGAAAGAGCGAGAGCAGCUCUGGAAGGAGCAAGACGAGUUGCACGGGGACCUCCAAGCGGUCGUUCAGGAGCACGACGCCGCGGUGAAGACCUCGGAGGAGGUGUCGGAGCGGGUGCAGACCGCAGCCGCAGACCUCCAAGGUACCCAGCAACUGGUCGCCGCCCUUCGCGGAGAGCUGACCACGUCGACGUCUUGAGGAAAGAGGCCGAAGUGGCAGUGGCCACCCUGACUAUAGAGGUCGGGAAUGGUCGUGCCACUAUAGCCAACCUGAACACCAGCAUGAGAACACUGUGGGAUGGGGCGGUCGCUGCCAAUGCCAAGCGUGCCGAGGAUAUCGCUAAGCUGCAGGGCCUGCAGGCGGCGCUCGGCCAGGUGAAAGAGGCGCUCGAGCGCGUGCCGACGAGCCUUGAUAACCUAAAGAUCGUGGCACGGCUGGUGCUCGAUGACCUUGGGAUGUCCGCCGCCGAUUACACAACCCAGCUCGGAGCCCAGCUGAUCCAAGCGGUGGAUGGGCCACACAAAGUGGUGCAGGAGUUGCUGUACCUCGGGGCGCAGCGCUCGUUUGCCAUCGCGCGCAGCCACUACGCCAACAUUGACCUGGCGGAGCUGAGCCAAGGGUUUCCAUCGACCUACAGUGAGGCCGAGCUGGUGGGGAAAAUGGAGGAAAAGAUUAGGGGCGACAAGUAGGGACUUGUUUUAGGGUCUGUUAGGAACUCUUGUAAGAAAUAGCUGGUUUGUAAUGGUUUUUAAGUUCAUUUUCGUUUGAGUUUGUGAACUUGUUUUUGUGAUAAAAGCGUGGUUUUGAUC